UGUUUCCCCGUCGGACUGUUUUUCCUGCAGCACUCUCCUCUCGCCGAAGCUGAACAUGUCGAGCUCUUACAGAAACAGGAUUCAGGAAUUCAAGGUGGCUCUGGGUGAGGAGAAGAUUGACCUGAAGGCGCUACGGGAGCUCUGCUUCGGCGGAAUUCCAUUUGAGGGGGGGAUCCGGUCUUUGUGCUGGAAGAUUUUGUUGAACUACCUGCCCCUGGACCAGACACUAUGGGACUCUUUCCUGAAAAAGCAGAGGGAGCUUUACACCCAGUUCCUGAAGGAGAUGAUCAUCCAGCCGGGAAUAGCCAAAGCCAACCUGGGCCUGUCCAGAGAGGACGUGACUAUGGAGGAUCACCCUCUGAACCCGAAUCCUGAGAGCCGAUGGAACAAUUACUUCAAGGACAAUGAGGUUCUGCUACAGAUUGAUAAAGAUGUCAGACGGCUGUACCCAGACAUGGCGUUCUUCCAGAGACCCACUGAAUUUCCCUGCCAGCUGAUCCUGGACCCCCAAAACGAUUAUGAAACCCUCCGCCGACGUGUGGAGCAAACUACACUUAAAGCACAGACUGUCGACCGCAACCGCAGUGGAGUCACUAAUUGCUCAGAUGGUCAAACACAGGUGAGCUCCCCAGGGAAGGCUCUGAACCUGUACCCCUCUAACGAGUACGAGGUGCUGCCGAACGGCUGUGAGGCGCACUGGGAGGUGGUGGAGCGGAUCCUGUUCAUCUACGCCAAGCUGAACCCCGGCAUCGCCUACGUUCAGGGCAUGAACGAAAUCGUAGGACCUAUUUACUACACAUUCGCCACGGACCCCAACAAACAGUGGAAAGAGCAUGCAGAGGCAGACACAUUCUUCUGUUUCACCAACCUGAUGUCAGAGAACCGGGACAAUUUCAUCAAGAGCCUGGACGACUCGCAGUGUGGAAUAACGUACAAGAUGGAAAGCGUCUUCUCCAUGUUAAAAGAGAAGGAUGUGGAGCUCUACAUGAAGCUGCAAGAGCAGAACAUAAAGCCCCAGUACUUCACUUUCCGCUGGCUCACUCUGCUGCUGUCUCAGGAGUUCCUGCUGCCAGAUGUUAUCCGGAUCUGGGAUUCGCUCUUCUCCGAUCAGGACCGCUUUGACUUCCUCAUCCUUGUGUGCUGCGCCAUGUUAACUUUGAUCCGGGAUCAGUUGCUGGCAGGAGACUUUACAAUGAACAUGAGAUUACUGCAGGAUUACCCCAUAUCUGACGUCCACACCAUCCUGACGAAGGCCAAGGAGCUGCAGGACAGCUCGUAGCCAUCACGGGGGCAUUCUAGGGAGAGUAACCAUGGUAACCGGUAACCAGGACGACAGCGGUGCCCCAUUGCACCCUGGGAGGGGAGGGAUGCCACCUUUGCCAUUGCAAUUAAAGAGAACUUUAAGCCUCA